GCUCAGCGCUGCGCUUCCGCGGGGGCUCACCAUGGAUGCGACCGGCCACAGCGUCUUCCUCCUCCAGCAGCUGAACAUGCAGCGGGAGUUUGGCUUUCUGUGUGACUGCACAGUUGCCAUUGGAGAUGUUUACUUCAAAGCCCACAGAGCGGUGCUCGCUGCUUUUUCAAACUAUUUUAAGAUGAUAUUUAUCCAUCAGACGAGUGAAUGCAUAAAGAUUCAGCCUACAGACAUCCAGCCUGACAUAUUUAGUUACUUGUUGCAUAUUAUGUACACCGGGAAAGGGCCGAAACAGACUGUCAGCAAGAGCCGACUGGAGGAGGGCAUCCGCUUCCUCCAUGCAGACCACCUCUCCCAUAUCGCAAUUGAGAUGAACCAAGUGUUAUCUCCAGAGCUGGUGCAGUCUUCAAAUUUGUAUGGGAUCCAGAUCUCGACCACACACAAACCAGCAAAGGAAUGCCUGGGAACGAAGGAGAGCCUGCCCAAGGCGGGCAGCAGGCCUGCUGCUCAAGGUGAUCACCCCCAGCUGCAGCUCUCCCUGGCCAUCGGCCUGGAUGACAGCUCCCUGGACCAGCAGGUUGCUUGCCCCUCCGCUCAGCCCGCUGCUGUCACUAAGCCAGCAGAAGAGCAUCCGAAGCUCUCGGUCUCCAUAAAGCAGGAGAGGUGUGACUCGGAGCCUGUGGUGUCCCAGAGCUGCACCCAUCCUUCUCCAGAGGUAGCGAGCCCCAUCUUUGCUAAGGCCAGCCUCAAGGUGCACUUGUGUCACUAUUGCGGGGAGCGUUUCAGCUCCCGGGGGGGACUGCGGCAGCACUUGCACACCCAUGUCUCGGGCUCACUGCCGUUUGGCGUGCCAGCCUCCAUCCUCGAGAGCAGCGACCUGGGAGAGGUGCAGCCUUUGGCUGAGGACAGGGAGGUUAGGGAUGGCCACCGGCUCGGGACCUUCCUCCUGAAGGAGGAUGCCCAUCAGCUGGAGCAUCCAAGGUGCAGCGACCUGGACCCUCUGCAGAUCAGCCAGCUCUCACUCAUCUCCAAGGACCAUGAACCAGUGGAGUUGAACUGCAAUUUUUCUUUCUCAAGAAAGAGAAAAAUCAGUUGUACCAUUUGCAGCCGCACGUUUUUCCGGAAGAGCCAGCUGCUUGAGCACAUGUACACACACACAGGGAAACAGCACAAAUACGGACGCUGCCAGCGGCUGGAGAGCCCUGCAACCCCCAGGUUUCAUCCUUACUGUGACAGUGAGAGCAUAGGCAAGAGCUCCAGUUUACCUCAAGACCACUUAGAUGAAUGUAUACUGGAGUCAGAUCUCAUCCAAGAGAGCGUUGAUACAAUCCUGGUAGAGUAGUUCUUCCCCUGUGCAGCCUUCAGAUAUUGAAACUGAGUAUUUUGGCAUUCUCUGCAUAGUGAGUGACUGCUCUCUGCAGCUGACUUUCUUCAGCCGCCAUUCCCGUCACCUCUGAGAUGACUGUGAAGAACUGUGUACUUUGAUUUGUGUACUUGCUUUUUUACUUCUCUAACUUUUACACUGAAGCUAAUUCCCACCCAAGUCCUACUUGGAAUCCUCCAUGUAACUCAGUUACAUUUUUGGUAAAUGUGAAUCUAUUCCUGCUCUGCUUUACUAGAGUUAAGCCUGUGUUGCUGGGUGUGAGGUUUAAACUUUGCUAAUAUGCUGUGCGGUGCCUAGGACUGUUUGUAUCCCAUAUAGUUGCUCUUCUGAAACUAGAUUGGGUGGAAACAUAGAGGGAAAUAUGUGUUGAAUUUCCCAAACAGUUUGCUUUUAAUUAAGUAUCUCAAGGAGAUGAAUCCUGAUGUUCGUAUUGUAUAACUGUAGUUAAUAAAUCUCUGCAUAAAUA